GACAGUUCCUUAAUUCCUUUCCUACGUAAACAAAUCCAAUCCAAAGUACAAAAAUAUUGAAAUUUAAGCUAAAUUUAUAUUGUAAAACCUAUCCUUACAUUCCUGUGAUAUUACUGAUAAUGUAACAAAGUGAUAAACCUACACUCCUUAUCCUUAGCAGACCAAGAUGUCCCACUUUACUGUCAAACACUUGUUUAGUCCCAGUGUGAGGGAUGUUUGUAUGGCUAACUUUAAGAAGAUGCGUGUGCCGCUGACGGGCAAGCGUCCGGCGGCGCGGGCGGCCGUGCUGGCGCCGCUGUGCGCGCCGGGCGGCCGCGUGUCGCUGCUGUACACCGUGCGCUCGCCCAUGCUGCGCGCGCACAGCGGCCAGAUCUCCUUCCCCGGGGGCAAGUGCGACCUCAACGAGACCCCCGCGCAGACCGCGCUCAGAGAAACUGAAGAGGAGACCGGCUUGAAACAAAACAAGAUCGAAAUAUGGGGCGAAGGACCCGAGUUCCCCGGACGCAACAACAAAGUCAUAAUCACCCCAGUCAUCGGGUCAAUAAUGGACUUAAAGAAGGAAGACUUUAAUGUCAACAAGAACGAGGUGGCAGAAGUAUUCGCUAUAUCGUUGGAAAGCUUCUGCGAUCCCAAGAACCAACAUCACACUCAAUUCACGAAUGGUUUCAUACUCCCCGUGUUUUCAGUAGAAGGGUACAAGAUCUGGGGGGUGACUGCGUACAUCACACACAGUAUUCUACGGAGCUUGCUGCCUGCAGAUGUUUACAAAAAUGACUGGACUUCUAAAAAAGUUAAACUGCAGCCCUGAUUACAAUGUUGGCCCUAUGUUGUGGAAAAUCAAUGUGCAAUCAACAGACUUACCUUUAUUUAGAAAAAUAAUAAACCUAAUUUAUAUCAAUCUGUAUAUUCUUAUGAUGUUACUUAGGAUGAAAUAUUUUACUAGAUAGCUUACCAUGUUGUUAUGGGUUAAAGAAGAUCACUACAAUUUCAUCAAUAAAAUAUUCUGGUCUACAGUAAAAGAGUA